AUGUCAUCACACCGUUUCAAAGAUCUUUUACGAUUUCUUCGAUUUGAUGAUCGUCAACGUCGUGACAAAUCCGACCGUCUAGCUGUAAUUCGAUUUAUAUUCGAAUGUUUUGUCAAGCAACUUCCUCGACAUUUUAUACCAAGUGAGAAUAUAAUUGUCGGUGAACAAUUAGUUCCUUUUAGAGUUCGUUGCUCUUUUGUACAAUAUAUGCCUAAAAAGCAGGCAAAAUAUGGAUUAAAAUUCUGGUUUUUAUAUGAUGUUGAAAGUCGAUAUGUUUUAGCAUUCGAAUUAUAUUCUGGAAAAAUAGGCAAUGUAAUUCAACGAAAUCUUGCCACAAAUGUUGUUUUACGAUUAGUAGAUCAAUUAUCCAAUAACAUAAAACAAGGUCGUAAUAUUACUUAUGAUCGAUACUUCUCCGAUUUGAACUUGGCCAAAGCUCGACUAGAACACAAAAUGUCUUCAAUUGGUGUCGUCAAUCAUAAACAUGCUUUUGUUCCUAAUGAAUUGAAAAUUAUUCGGAAACAACUGUAUUCAUGA